UGCCACAAUGAGUAACUGAUGUGACAAUCGAUGGUGCUCCAAUUGUUUUAUAAAUGUUGUUCAAUGAAUUUAUGAUAAUAAUCUAGUUAAUAGUGUGAGUUGUAACAGUUAGUGGUAAAUGAUGAGUUUUUCUGUGAAAAAAACUGGUGGACGGAUGUGGCACGAGGCCAGGAAGCAGGAGAAAAAAAUCCGGGGGAUGCUGGUCGAUUACCGCCGACGAGCCGAACGACGAAGAGAUUAUUAUGAAAAAAUUAAAUCUGAUCCCACGCAAUUUCUUCAACUUCAUGGCCGACCCUGUAAAAUACAUUUGGAUGCGGCUAUUGCAGCAGCCGGAGAUAGUUCAGCAAAUAUGAUGCCCUGGCAGGGUCACGAUGACAAUCUAAUUGACAGAUUUGACGUCCGGGCGCAUUUGGACUGGAUCCCAGAUCCCCCAAACACGAUAGACAUGGAUGUAGCCCUCACCAGCGAGGACAGGCAUAUCAACUACGAGCGCUACCGCAUAAUCGUGCAGAACGAGUUCCUGGGUGUUACCGAGGAGAAGUUCCUCCACCAGAUUCAUCUUGAGGAGCAGUUCGGCUCCUCAACGAAACUCGACGUUAAGGACAAGAAGAAGUCGAGUAACAACGCAGCCAUUGGCUAUAAUUAUGACACCGAUGAGCCUAUCCCAGAGACCAUUCGCCCUGAGCCAAAUGCCUCGGAGGAGAAACCAGAGGACGAGGACAGUGACAUCGACCUUGACAUAUGCGUCGACGUUUCCCAGAUCGAGCCAUCGCAGGCUCACGAGAUGAAUCAAGUUGCCCAGAAGUACGGGCUCAUGGGGGCAGACUACUUCAGUUUUUUGACGCAGGACUUUGAGGAGGCUGAGACCCUGAGGCAAGCCAGGAAGCAGGAGGAGGAGAAGGCGAUGUACUCGGGGAGGAGAUCCAGGAGGGAGCGACGGGCUUUUAGGGAGAAGAAGAUGAUUGGGAGGGUGAUGAGUCCACCUAGUUAUGCUGCUCGAGAGAGUCCAGAGUACAAUCCCUACAGAAAGUCAUCGUCCAAGUCCCGGUCGAGAUCUGUUUCACCAGUAAAUACUGGACAGAUAAUGUAUAUCACUAGUUUUGGGGGUGAGGAGGAGGCCCAGGGUAGCUGCUCACAAGUCACUUCCUCCAAUGCUAAAAAGAUCAAUUAUUCACAAUCCAGAAGAAGAAGAUCCGAGAGUCCUGUUAAUGAUAGAACGAGGAGAGUCAGUGUCUCCAGGUCAAGGAGCCGCUCGAGGAAUCGAUCGAGGUCGUACAGAUCUAGAGACAGCAGAAGAAGUGAUUCUAGGUCUCGAAGGAGAAAUCGUGGGGGAUCUAGGAGGUACAGAUCCAGAACCAGGAGCAGAUCGAGGAGGAAUAGGUCGAGACACAGGAGGAGUCACAGCAGAUCGAGGUCCUCGUCCUCCUCAAGGUCCAGGUCAAGGGGGAGGCGAUCGAGGUCGAGGAGCACCUCCUCGAGUAGCAAAUCAAAGUCCAGGAGUAAAUCCAGGAGCAGAUCGCCUUUGGAACGGCGAAAGAUGCGGUAUUCCAAGAGCAAGAGUAGGUCGAGGUCUAGGAGCAAGAGUCUCGACAGGUCCAGGUCGAGGUCCAAGAGCAAGGCGAGGGGGAGUGUUGCUAGGAGGUCGCGGAGUGUUGAGAAUAAGACUUCUGCGUUGCCCAGGUAUUAUGGUCGACGUGGAAAGUCUUCAAGUUUGGAGCUUGAAAUAUCAGAUAAUGAAGAAAAAAAUCUCCAUGAUGCACCAAAACCACCAAAUAUUAGUACAAACGUGAACAAGCCAAAAGCAGGGUUAAGUACAAAUUCUGGUGCCGGACACAAAUCGGUGAAAAUCACACCUCAAGAGCGGCUUAAGAAGAAGAUGCAAGCCCUACUAAAUCGUCAAUAUAAAGCUGACAAAAAAGCUGAACAGGCGAGAAUUGAAAAAAUGGAGCAACAAAGACAAGAUCGUGAGGAUGAGAUUCGAGAAAUGUCGCUGAAGCUGAGAAGAAAGCAGCGAGAACGAAGACACAGAUACGAAGGUCACAGUUCAGACUCUCGAUCCUCAUUAUCAAGAUCUCCAAGUCCUGUGCGCACUCCACCUCGUAGACGAGAGAGACGUGAUCGUGAUUCGAGAGUGGAUGUCGAUAGUGAUCGAGACAGGGGACGAGAUCGAGAGAAAGACAGAGAAAAGGACAGAGAUCGAGAUCGUGAAAGGGAUAGAGAUCGAGACAGGGAUCGUGAUAAGGAACGAGAUCGAUACGACGACCGAGAGAAGAGUCGACAGGAUUCCAGAAGACGACAUCGUGACUCUUCUCCACGUUCGUUGAGUCCUCGAAGCAACAACAGAGGAUUAGUUGAUUAUUAAAGUCACGUCGACAUCGCAUCUGAGGAGUGCCAAUAUAUCUGUCCUCUCAAUCAAUUUAAACUUUUACCAUCUUCCGAAUAUUUUUACUAGAUCAGUAAGAAAUUGUUUGAAAGCCUCGAGGACUCAAUUUGCUGUAAAGUCUUGAGGUUUAGAUCGACGUUGUUUUUUUUUUCUGAAUAAAAUAUAUACUAGAGUA